CACGUUGCAGCCAUGAUGACCUGGUCAUAGAUGAUAUUCAAGUUGAAGCAGCAAAUGUCAAAUGAUACGAAAGUCUGCCGAUGUCGCAAAGACUUUCAUAUCUUAAGAAGAUAACGUACAUAAUGGAUGAAGUCGAGUCUCACGAUCGCUUUGUCUGCACCGUGUGUCUGGAUAUCCUACAGGAUCCUGUGUCCCUCAUGUGCGGACACAACUACUGCUUUAGAUGCGUUGAGAACUACUGGGAUACAAAAGGAGUCUGCGAGUGUCCGCAGUGCCGAUGCGUCUUUUACCCAAGGCCAACCCUUCGGCGGAACACCCUGCUGUUUGACAUCGUUGAGAAAUCGAAGCAGAUGUGGAAAAAUGCAGCCGUGGGAUACGCCGGACUCGAAGAUGUGCCGUGUGAUGUGUGCGCCGAGAGAAAGCUGAGAGCCGUCCAGUCCUGCAUCAUCUGUCAGGUGUCGUACUGCGAGGUCCACGUGCAGCCUCACCGGGAGGCAGAGGCUUUCAAACGACACAUAUUGGUGAAACCGACUGCAAACCUACAGCAGCGGCUCUGUCCGGAGCACAGCAACACGGUCGUACAUCUGUUCUGCCGAACCGAUCAGAAGUGCGUGUGUUCGCUGUGCGCAGCCGUGAAACACGUCGGUCAUGACCUGGUGGAGCUGGAGACGGAGCGAGCGGAGAAACAGGCUGAGUUGGAGAAUACAAGAAAGCAACAUGGAACAAAAAUUCAAGAAAGCCUGAUGAAACUGGAGCCAAUAAGGGAGCUGGUAAAACAUAUUCAGAGCUCUGCAGAGAGAGAAGCACAAGAAUAUGAGGAGAUCUUCAUUCCUCUGUUUCAUUCCAUCGAGAGGCUGAGAAUGGAGGUGACUGAGAUGAUUAGAAACCACAAGCAGAUUAAAGUAAGGAAAGCUGAGAUGCUCAGCAAGCAACUGGAACAGGAUCUUGAGGAAUUCAAGAGGAGAGACACUGAGCUGGUGGAGCUCUUCAAGACAGAUGAUGACUUCCUAUUUUUCCAGAAGCUCUCAGCUCUCUGUGUCAUCCCUAAAGAUGGAGAUGCACCUCACAUUGCUGUCGACAGAGAUUUGUUUCACCCAAGCUUAAGAAAAGACCUUUCUGAUUUGAAGGAACAUUGGAAGGAAACCACUGGCUGGGAAUUUAUGAGAACCAUUAAGGCUGGAAUUACCAGUCCAAGUUACAUCCUGAAAAAUCUGAUGUGUAGAGAUUGUCUGUUAAAAUACUCCUGUGAGCUCACCCUGGACCUGAGCACGGCCCACAGAAAUCUGCAUAUGUCCGAAAGGAACACGAAGGUGACAUAUGGAUUGGUUAAGAUGAACUAUCCCGAUCAUCCAGGCAGAUUUGACUUUUGGCUCCAAGUUUUGUGUAUGGAGACUCUAUCCGAGACUUGUUGCUACUGGGAGGUGGAAUGGAAUGGAACACUGGCUUCAAUAGGAGUUGCUUAUAAAGAUAUGUGUAGAAAAGGAAAUAGUCAAGCCUCUCUUCUGGGACGCAAUGACAAGUCCUGGUGUUUGCGCUACUCUGGUUCCUAUUACUCUGUGUGGCACAAUAACAUAGAGUCCGUCAUUUCUGACCCCUGCAGCCAAAGGAUUGGUGUGCACCUGGACUGUCCUGCUGGCUGGCUAUCAUUUUAUAGCAUAAAAAACGACAAAGUGGUCCUCUUGUACAGGUUCAAGGCCACUUUCACCGGGCCAUUGUGUCCAGGAUUUCAGCUUUUAGGUUCUAUAAAAAUCUGCUUGAACACUUGUCAAGUAACCACUAUGUAGUGCCGACAUCUCGUAUAGUAGCCCUUAAAAGUUGUACUUCUCUAUGCUAAGUAACUGCUUUAAUGAUCCUUCAUGU